CUGAUACAGCAUGGAUACUGGGAAGAGAGAAGCUCUCGAACGAUUAGAAAGGCCGGCCUUGAUAGGCGUCGGGGCAUGCUACAUUGACACCAUCCUCACAGCACCCCACUAUCCCGGAGAGGAUGAAAAGCUGCGCGCAAGCAGUAUAACCCAUCGCCGGGGAGGCAACUGCCCCAACAGCAUCGAGGUCCUGCAACAACUGAUCCAGCACUGUCCCUUCAAAACAGACCUUCAACUAGGUCUCGUUUCUGUCCUCCCCGCCAAAUCAUCAGCGGGGGUCCAGCAGGUCCAGACUUCGUUACCUCAAGGGGUUGAUCUGAGCCACUGCAUUUACCGGGAGCAAUUCAGCGAGCCUGCGUCAAGCUAUAUCAUCAAGAGCCAGGCGUCCGGGAGCAGGACCAUCGUAAAUUACAACGAGCUCCCUGAGAUGGAGAUCGACGAGUUUACCAGCAUUGCUGACCGUCUUGGGCAUUACUCGCGGCUUUUUCAUUUUGAAGGCCGGAUUCCCGAUGUGACUGUGGAAUGCAUACGCUACUUGAGACAGCAAUUUCCUGACGUGGUUGUCAGCGUGGAGGUGGAGAAACCCCAACGACCGGGGCUAGAGAUGCUUGCAGCGGAGGCUGACAUUAUAUUUUACUCUAAAAGCUGGGCUUUGGGAAAUGGAUACAAAUCUGCUCAUGAAUGCCUCCACGGUCAAGCCGCUGUGACAGCCAAGGCAUCAUCGCUAUAUUGCACAUGGGGCCAAGAGGGAGCUUGGGGCUUAGACAAACGCGCUGGCCAGACUUCCCACGGUUCCGCAUACACUCCUCCUGGUUUUCAGGUUGUCGAUACCAUCGGUGCUGGUGAUACAUUCAUCGGGGGUAUCCUCUAUACCCACAUUAGCAACAAGGACUUUUCUCUUCAUGAAAGCCUUGAGUUUGCCAAUCGCCUGGCUGGAAUGAAAGUAGCCCAAGAGGGCUUCUCCAAUCUGAACCGAGUUUUUUGA